AUGAAAAGUCCAUAACAUUAAGAAUAAUUCAAAUAAGUGAAGCAGAAUCCCUUAAAUAAUUCAAAAAGUAAACAAUUAUACACCUUCCCCAAAUCUCCAAGAUUCAAUUACAAGGAAUAAAGAGAUAACUCGCCAUCCUUUUAUUCAAUCAAAACUGAUCUCGUUUCCCCUAAUAAAGGAGUCUCUUUUGGAUCUGGCACCAAAGUUGAUUUCUCCAAAUUGGGAACUAAAACUCCAGGUCCAGGAUAAUACCAAGUCUAACAGCAAAAGAUUAAUCAAGUUACUAAUUUAAAAAAACAUACCAUGGGAGUUGGUAGAACAUAGACAAAACAGAAAAGUGAAGUACCUCCUGUUGGGGUUUAUGAAGUCGCCCAAAAUUUAGUCUAAGUUAAUAAGGCUCCACAUUUCGGAUUAAAAUUAUAACCAAAGAAUGAAACAUGCUCUCCUGGACCUGGAAAGUAUGACAUUUAAGUGAAAGAACAUUCUAAAUCAUUCGUUGCUGGAUUUGGUUCUGGAAGAUCAGGUCAGACUACUGACGAUACUCCUGGACCUUAAGAAUAUAGACCCAGAACUGAAAUGUCUCCUAAAUAUACAAAUUCAAAUUGGACUAAUUGCCAAACAGCUAAGUUUUCAAAGGUCUAACGUUUUGGAAGUAACAAAACUAUCACACCUGGACCUGGAAACUAUUAAAUAGCUGGAGAAUUUGGAAUAUACUGA